UUUUUUAACCUUGUUAAAUUUCCACGAAACGCUGCGUUUAAUUCAGUAAGCGUACGUUAUUUCACGGAAUAACUCUCCCCACCUCCCCAAAGUUGCCUCCUUUCCUUUGUGUGAGAACCUCUUUCUUGUUCAUCAUGGAAAGUUUCGAACAAGUAAAGGGAAAUAGUGGUGUUAUUGAUCAAACUAUUGAGGACGCAGGGGCCACUAAUCCCAGAGUUCAGUGGAAGCAAAUGGGGUACGAAGAGAAGACCGUGGCUGUUCACGAAGAAAUGAAAAGGAUGAACCGGCUUCCUGUGACUAGUUCUUAUGUUACUCACCGCAUGCGUGUUCUUAAUAAAAUUCUUCAACUGUUGUCUAUUCAGAGAACUGCUUCACAAGAAGAAGAGUUGGAGUUGCUCUUUGCUGGGUUGUCCUUAUGAACUGGCACAAUGGUUGAUUAACAUCAUGGCAAAGCGUUAAACCAAGGAUCUUUUCCUGCAGACAACUUUUCCGAAAUGUUUUAUACUGUGUAAAGUAUAUCUCUUAGUCUAAUGUCUAAUCACUGAUGCUUUGCAGAUAUGUAUUGCAAACCUUCCAAUCACAUGUUUUUUGGUAUUUUGGUAAGAGAAAAGGCUUUGUCGCCUUGUUUUUGUCAAAUAACCUUUUGCAUGUGUUACAUUCUAAAGAUAUAAAAAAUCUUAGUUACUUCAGACACAA